AACCACCAGAAAGAUUGUUCUAAAUACUGCAAUUUUUUUCAAAUAAAUAAUGUUAAUAAGCAUAACCCAAAUAAUUUAUAGCAAUAUGCACUUGGACAGGUUGGAAUAUUCAGCAAAUGUUAUGGGAGUAAUCCGAGGCAGUGUUGAGCCAGACAGGUGUGUGAUUUGUGGGAACCACAGGGACAGCUGGGUACAUGGAGCCAUUGACCCCAGCAGCGGUAAUGCUGGAGAUCACCAGAGUGCUGGAGAAGAUGGUGAAGGAAGGGGAAUGGCAGCCUCUGCGGUCCAUUAUUUUUGGCAGUUGGGGGGCUGAAGAAUUUGGCCUUACUGGAUCUGCAAAAUACACAGAAGAGAGCUUCAGUAAGCUGACUGUGGCGUACAUCAACAUGGACAUUUCAGUGUUUGCUAAUGCUACGCUCAGGGCUUCUGCUUCUCCAGCUGCACACUGUCAUUUUUACAGCCUCCAAACAGGCCCCUGAAGGUUCGUCAAAUGCAUGACCAGCUCAUGCUGCUGGACAGAGCUUUCCUUGACCCCUUAGCAUUCCCAGAGUUUCAGGCAUGUGAUAUGGGCGUCGAGGUCAUCAACUGUGCCCACCUCGGCCUGGCGGAUGAAGGAAGACUGGGAUCAGGCUCAUAAACACAUCCAUCGUCACACAGGCCAUCACAGGAGCUGCACACACACUGGAUGAUGUGAUUUAAUG